AUGGUUAUGGGCACGGCCUGCUUUGGUCUGGCUGCUGUUACUGCCACCGUGAAUGACGUCGACGCUGUCAUAUCCAGUGUUGACUAUCGCCUCGCGCCAGAAAAUCACGGCUCGGUCCUUGUGGAGGACUGCUACGCUGCUCUGCUUUGGGUCUCUGGCCAUUCCAGUAAGCUAGGUCUUGAUAAGAAGUGUCUCAUGGUCGCAGGUGUAUCGGCAGGUGGCGGUCUCGCAGCUGGAACAGCACUUCUCGCUCGUGAUCGGAAAGGACCGGCAGCUUGUGCGCAACUUCUCUUGUGUCCAAUGCUCAACGACCGUUUAAACACACAGCAUUGCAAUUCGAGGGCGCGCGCGGUUUCUAUACAGCUUGGGGCAGAUACGCUUGGUCGUGUGUCCCCGGGAGAAAAGACGGGCACCGACAGUGUCAGCUCACUGUGGGAGAGCGGGAUUCGAGCUGACUUUAAUAUUUGGGGCGGCGGUUGUCAUAUUUUCGAUCUCUUUGAAGCUCCGACGGCUCUUGGAGCCAUGUCUUCCCGAACACGGGGAGAGUGGAUAAACAAAACUGUGUCUUGA